CUUAGUUCAAAAUCAAUUUUUUUUCUCGAAUUUAUUAAAAUGGCCAACAACGAAGAAGAUAUUAAAAAAUUAAUAAAAUGUGUUAAUUUUGCAACAAUCAAGCAUCGGAAUCAACGUCGUAAAGAUCCACAACAAACGCCAUAUAUUAACCACCCAAUCGGAGUGGCUUAUAUUUUGACCAACGAAGCUAAUAUUACAGACUUAGACGUGAUUCAAGGAGCUCUUUUGCAUGACACAGUCGAAGAUACAAAAACUACUUUCGAAGAAAUUGAGGAAAACUUUGAUGCGAAAAUUAAAGAACUUGUUCGAGAAGUAACCGAUGAUAAAACUUUACCAUCUGACGAACGCAAACGGUUACAAAUAGUUCAUGCUCCGACAUGUUCCCAUAAAGCAAAAUUAAUUAAAUUAGCCGAUAAAUUAUAUAAUUUAAGAGAUUUGGAACGUGCUACUCCACUUGGUUGGGAUAGCAAACGGGUGCAAAAAUAUUAUGAAUGGAGUAAACAAGUUGUAGAUGGUUUACGAGGUACAAACGCAAAUCUAGAAAAAGAAUUAGAUGAAAUUUUUGAGCGACAUGAUUGUAAAUAAUAUUUUUUGAAUAAAUACUUUUUU